AUGGCCACAUCCCAGAUGCCGGACAGAUUCGACCUCCACACCACUUGGUACGAAUCCUCUCUCAAAUCCGUUUCCCAAUCCGCCCACAUGCUCUACACUUACCGAAACGCCAUCCAUGGCUACGCCACUCGCCUGACUCUCGCUCAAGCCAAGAUGCUCCAAUCCCAGCCAGGGAUCCUCUCCGUCAUCCCCGAGUCCCGGUACGAGCUCCACACCACCCGCACCCCUGAGUUCCUCGGCCUCGAUCGCGCCGCCGACCUGUUCCCCCAGGCCAACGUCCUCGGCGAGGUCGUCGUCGGCGUGCUCGACACCGGCGCCUGGCCCGAGAGCAAGAGCUACGACGACACUGGAUUCGGACCUUUGCCGGGAACCUGGAACGGGCAGUGCGAGUCCGGAACGAAUUUCACCGCCGCCAACUGCAAUCGGAAGUUGAUUGGGGCGAGGUUCUUCGCCAAAACUAAGGAGUCCAGAUCUCCCCGUGACGACGACGGCCACGGCACUCAUACUUCCACCACUGCCGCCGGAUCCGCCGUCGACGGGGCCAAUCUCCUCGGUUACGCCACCGGGACUGCUCGAGGAAUGGCGACUCGUGCUAGGGUCGCGAUUUACAAGGUAUGCUGGGUUGGGGGAUGUUUCAGCUCCGAUAUCCUCGCCGCCAUGGAUAAGGCGAUCGAGGACGGAGUCAAUGUCCUGUCCAUGUCGCUCGGCGGAGGGACCUCUGACUACUACAGGGACAGUGUUGCGAUUGGAGCUUUCUCGGCUAUGGAGAAAGGGAUCUUGGUCUCUUGCUCCGCUGGAAAUGCUGGGCCGACUGCUUACAGCUUGUCGAAUGUGGCGCCGUGGAUUACCACCGUCGGAGCGGGGACAUUGGAUCGGGAUUUCCCUGCUGUUGUCAGUCUGGGCAAUGGCAAGAACUACUCUGGCGUCUCGCUCUACAAGGGCGCCGCGUUGCCCGCGAAGCUCUUGCCGUUCGUCUACGCCGGGAAUGUCAGUAACUCGACCAAUGGGAACCUUUGCAUGAUUGGCACUCUGAUUCCGGAGAAAGUGAAGGGGAAGAUCGUGUUCUGCGAUCGUGGAGUGAAUGCCAGAGUCCAGAAAGGAGCCGUGGUGAAAGCCGCCGGCGGAUUGGGGAUGGUUCUGGCCAACACGGAGGCCAACGGCGAGGAACUCGUCGGCGACGCUCACUUGCUGCCGGCGUCCACGGUGGGCCAGAAGACAGGCGAGACAAUCAAGAGUUAUCUGCUCUCAGAUCGGAACCCGACGGCGACGAUUUUCUUCGAGGGAACGAAGCUGGGAGUCGAGCCGGCGCCGGUGGUGGCGGCCUUCAGCUCCAGAGGCCCCAACUCAAUCACCCCGGAGAUCCUCAAACCCGAUGUCAUCGCGCCCGGCGUCAACAUCUUAGCGGGCUGGACCGGCGCGACCGAUUCCCGGCGAACCGAGUUCAACAUCAUCUCCGGCACGUCGAUGUCCUGCCCGCACGUCAGCGGCCUCGCCGCCCUCCUGAAGGGAGCGCACCCGGAGUGGAGCCCCGCCGCCAUCCGGUCAGCGCUGAUGACGACUGCUUACGUCACGUACAAGAACGGGCGCAAGCUUCAAGACGUGGCAACGGGCAACGACUCUACGCCGUUCGAUCACGGCGCCGGCCACGUGGACCCCGUGGCGGCGCUCAAUCCGGGGCUGGUAUACGAUCUGACGGCCGAGGAUUACCUGGGCUUCCUGUGCGCCCUGAACUACACGGACACGCAGAUCAAGAGCGUGGCGAGGAAGAACUAUACGUGCGACCCCAGGAAGAGGUACAGUGUGACCGACCUCAACUACCCUUCGUUCGCGGUGAACGUCGGGAACUUGGUGAUCAAGUACACGCGGACGGUGACCAACGUCGGUCCUGCGGGAACUUACAAGGUGUCGGUCACACCGAAUCAGACCCCUGGAGUUAAGAUUACGGUGGAGCCCGAAACGCUGAGUUUCAGCCAGGCAGUGCUGAAGCGAUCCUAUACGGUGACGUUUACCGCGAGUUCGCUGCCGAUCAGUACAAAUCGUUUCGCGCGGUUGGAGUGGUCGGACGGGAAACACGUCGUUGGGAGUCCCAUAGCCGUUAGCUGGACUUAG